UUUAGAAAUUGCGUCAAUAGAGUGCGUUGAAGUGCAGAGCAAUAAAGUUACGUACGUUGUGUUAUGCCAGUUGAUUAUAUUCGAUUAGACAUAACAUGGCUAACUUUGUGUCUAAUAAUGCUUAAACAAUGUCGUAUAGACGUCAGUUUGCACAAAAAUUGAAAUUGGUACCUACAUUACAUAAUGAUAACAUUCUAGAAAGUUAUAUUCCACUGUGUUGUUCGUGAUCACGCAUUUUCGUUUACUGGGCUUUGGCUGUGACGUCACAAAUACUAUGACAUGGCGGAUUUAUUUGCAAAAUACAAUUGUACUUAUUGCCAGGACGAUAUUACAGGACUGAGGAUUAAAUGUGCAGUGUGUGCAGAUUUCGACCUAUGUCUACAGUGCUUCUCAGCAGGUGCUGAAAUAGGGCCACACAAAAAUGAUCAUGCAUACCAGUUCAUGGAUUCAGGUGCCAUUGGCAUGUGCUUGGGUAAUGGUGGUUGGUCUGCUCGAGAAGAAUUGCAUCUUCUUGAUGCAAUUGAACAGUUUGGUUUUGGCAACUGGGAGGACAUUAGCAGACAUAUAGAAACCCGUUCUCCAGAAGAGGCCAAGGAAGAAUACAUUUCAAGAUACAUAGGUGGUAGUAUUGGUCGUUUUACAUGGCCUGGAGCUGCCGACUCAAGACCAAGUCUGAGUGACAAAACUAAUCCUGAUUGUGGUCCACUAUCACCUGCACUCACAGCCAGACUUCCACCUUUAGAUGUUACCCCUGAUGAGGCUGCAUUACUUGGUUACAUGCCUCAUAGAGAUGACUUUGAAAGGGAAUAUGACAAUGGAGCAGAAGCCUUAGUUUCUUCAUUAUUUGUGAACAGUUUAGAAGAUGAAGACUAUGAUGUCGCUCUCAAAUUGGCCCAGGUCGACAUGUACACUCGAAGACUACGAGAGAGGGCUAGGCGGAAACGGGUAUCACGAGACUUCCAAUUAGUGUCACAGUUUUUCUCGGCCAACCGUAAGGACAGGCCUUCGUCAAGGAAGAAAUUGUCCAAAGAAGAGAAGGAGUUCCAUGACCACAUGAGAGUGUUCACACAAUUCCACACUGCUCAGGAACAUGAACAGUUUCUCCAGAAUCUGCAGAAAGAGAGAGAGCUCAAGAUAAGGAUAAGUGAACUGGCGAGGUAUCGACGAAAUGGACUGACAAGACACGAAGAAUGCGCACACUUCGAACAAGAACGGGUUCAGCACGAAGAGUGGAAGGAAAAGAGAUCUGGCAGCAGUGGGUCCAUCCCCUCACCUCCAUCAAUGGUCCCAAGAAGAAGAGAAAGAAACGAUCCCGGCUCAUCCUUCAGCGACGGAAGAUCAGCGUGCAGAAGCGGGAAGCAGCACAGCCUCGAUAAUAGUAGGGAAGGGGUGGAGUCUGGUGGGGAGGCAAACCGCCCAGAUAUCUCCACCCUCCCGGGAUACCACCUUCUAUCAACGUGUGAGAUUAAGUUGUGUUCUUCUUUGAAUUUGAAACCGUCUCAGUACAUAACAUUGAAAGCGAUUCUUCUGCGGGAUCAUCUGCAGAAAGGUCCAAAGAAAGAGGACGUACUGCCAACAUCGUCAUCUGGGCCAGAGACCCAUGUCCUCAACUACCUGGUGAGCAGUGGAUGGAUAACAGCCAGUUAGCCUAGUGUUAAUUAUUCGAGAGGUGUUCUGCUGUGAUGUGUGGCCACCUGAACAAUACACAAGUCAGGACACGACUAGCAGGGACUUGCGUAAGUAACGCAGUGAGAUGCACGACUGAUGAAACUUACGUUUUAUAUGUCUCGGUCUGCCCGGAUUUCUUACGGAAGGUUUUCUUAUUUCAGACGAAUUAUGCUGAAUGACUUUUAUGUAUCUGUACUUUAUGUUAAACAAUCUAGAAGUUAUUUUACAACAGGCGUUUAGUCUGUUUUUAUCAGCCAGAAAAUAUGAUGAGAAUUUCAAAUUUAAAUUUAUCUAUAAUUAAAAAAGAAAAUUGCUAUUUGUAUAUAUUUUUAAGUUUAAAAGACCGUGUGAGGUUUGGGAAUGGAAAGUUCAUGUACCAUUGCUGUUACUGUUUAUGAUCUCAAGAAGGUAUCCGUGAUAAGCCACAUGCAAAGAACAGUGAUAAUUUAAGCGUGGUUUUAAGACGGAUUAUCUACUGCACACAUUUUAAUAAUGUCAGCUGAUAUUGCAAUUAAAGGGGAUUGAAAAUUAUAAUCAUUGUAAUACAACAUUUACAUUAUAUUUUCCGAAACAAAAUGGUGUAAUAGUGUAUUCUAUGUAAAUUUUAUGGUCCUUCAUUUUUGGUUACAAUUAUCACAAAAGAUGCUAAAUUCAUUAAUGAUUAUCCGAUUUUAUGUAUUUUUAAUUAUAUGGCAUUUGUAAUUGUGUCAUCAUAACAAAAUCAAAAGAUCAUCAGAAUUGUAAGAUUUGGCAUCCUGAUUAUAAUGUUGUUAUUUAAGUAAGUAGUUUUGUACCUGAAUUUACAAAUAUAACAAUAUCCAUGCUCAUAUUAUUAUUUUAAUAAAAACAUUUGUUGAUAGAUA